GUUGUUGUAUUUUUUACAUUUUCGAAGCAGUGCUUUUUACCAUUAGUUUUCUUACAGUGCCUUCAUACUUCAUAAUCAUUGUCACUACAUUCCUGUGCAUGAUAAUUAAAAUUUUGCGGACUGGCGUGUGGACUGGCGAAGAAUGGCUGAUUCACAGGCGUCUUCUUUGUUGAGCUGGAGCAGCAUCACGACGCUGUCCAUCACGCUGCUCUUCGGGGGAGUACUGAUCUACAUCUUCCGGCUGAUCUUCGGGAAGAAGACUGAUGCGGAGACAGCCUCCGCGGACGCGACAGUUGCUGAUCGCGGCGCUGCAGAGAAAGCGAAGGCAGCGAAGGAAACGGGCAAGAGCAAGAGCGCGCGCGCCGUCCCCAGCAAGGACGCCGCGGCCGGGAAGGGGACCGCCGAGAAGUACCGCCAUCCGCUGCUGGUGGCCAGCCUCAAGGGCCACAGCGCCGACAUCUGCGACGGGCAUUUCAACGCGUCCGGCAAGUACCUCGUCACGUCCGCCGAAGACCGCUCGCUGAUUUUAUGGACCUGCAGUGACUUCCUCACCGAUGAUCCCGCAAAAGAACCACGGAGCAAGCGCGUCAACUUGGAGCUGGACCAUGCGUCGUUAAUCCGCUUCAGUCCCGACAGCAAAGCCGUGAUCGGGCGGAUGCACAACGCCGAUGUGGUGCGCGUGUUCAAGCUGACGAAGAACGCCGACGGGCAGUGGUCAGCGCCGCAAGCCCUGCACGACGUCACCAACCAGGCGGCGCACGCCAACGGCGAGAUCCGCUGCAUGGACAUCCAGUGCAACGGCAAGUUCAUCAUGACGGCCCACGACAACGCCGCCAUCCACCUCUGGCCCAUCAAGGGCGGCGCGCCGCUGGCCUCCGUCGUCACCAACCUCGGCGUGCUGCACUCGGCGCAGAUCUCGCCCUGUGGCCGCUUCAUCGCCGCAUCCGGUUUCACGCCGGAAGUGCGCGUGUGGGCCAUCGUGGCGGACAAAUCCAGCGGCGACGUGCAGUCCGUGGAGAAGGCCUUCGAGCUGACGGGGCACAGCGCGGCCAUCCCGGCCUUCGCCUUCUCGGGCGACUCCACCCACAUGCUCUCCGUCAGCAAGGACAAGUCCUUCCGCCUCUUCGACGUCAACGUCGACUACAAGAAGCGCCAGUCGCCGCGCCUCAUCCAGCACGCGUCCUGGACCGCCGCCGCCGUGGACGACAAGCGGCCGCUGCACUGCGCCCUGACCAACGACUCGCGCUGCGUCGUCAUCGCCUACCGAGCGGACCUCUUGAUUUUAUCGGGUGUGGACGGGACGGUGCGGUGUCGCAUCGACAACUGCCUGGCGUUGACGCCCGGGGGCGGCAGCGUCGACGUGGGCCGGCUGCUGCUGGAUCCGACGUCGGGCUUCGUGCUGGUCAUUGGCGGACGCGUGGUGCGGGUGUUCCGCAAUCUGGUCGGGCUGGAGGUGGCCGUGGAGGCGCUGAAGGAGAGCUUGAAGUUCGCCUCGCAGGAUUCGGUGCGCAGUCGCAUUCAGGGUCAGAUGGAGGCCGCGGAGACGGCGCUGCAAGCAUGUCGAAAGAAAUUCACCUUGUAACGGAUUUUUAUCGUCCAGUUUUUUAUUUCGUUUUGUUUUUGUUGAUUCGCUGUUUUUUUUAACGACGAGAAUGCUUUGAUAAUUAUCUGUCGCGAAUGUCCGUCCAUUCUGUGGUAAACAGUUAAAAAUAGAAAGAAAUGAAACUCUGAAAAAUUAAGAAAAUCUGACAGCUUCGAAUAAAGUCAAUUAAAUUUACUUAAAUUGAAAAA